CUCUCGAUUAUUCAGACUGUGAACGUCGUCGAGUGAACACGUUACGAGCGCGUCGAUCGCAAAACUAUAAAACUUUAGUUGACUCUUUGCCCUCCCCACCCCGCUAGAAAGUUGUUUACUUGCCCGUCGCCCGCAACGGUUAAAAGGGUUUCAAAGCCAAGUGCAUGUGUUAAGUGUUGUGAAGCGUCUAAAUGUCGCAGCAAGUGUAACAAGCAGAGGCGACUAAAUACUCAAGGAUUAACUGAGAGACAGUUUAAAAGACAAAAGCCGCCAAAAUAGCCGAACUAAUCGCCGCCUCGCCCGCACAAACAACGCGCGUAUUUAUGACUAAAAUGAUUCCGCCGGUACCCACCUCAGCCGUCAUGUUGCCCACGCCCAAGCAGAAGAUCGGCUUCAGCAUCGACUCGAUUGUUGGCAACGAUGCGACGGUGACUGCCGCUGGAGGCAAUCCGGAGCAGCAGCCCGGCAGCCCCCAGCCGGAUCGCAACGGACCCGGCAGUCCGCCUCAGACGCCGCCCGCUGCACUCACCAUGCUGCCUGCCACGCCCACACCACCACAUCAUCUGAUGGCACCGCCAACACAUCAUGCCAACCACGUGCUGCCACCGCACAUGGCACCGCAUCCACACGCGCAUCCCCAUCCACAUCUAUCGCCAGCCCAACAGCACGCACUGCAUCAGCAUCUGCUGCUACAUCAACAGCAGCAGGGCACACCUAAGUCCCAUCAUGAUAUACAGGAGCUGUUGCAGCGUCUGCAUCACAAUGCCGCCAUGGCCAACGGCCUCAGUCCUCUACAGACACGCCUCUCCCCGCUGGGGGAUGUCACGUCCACGCCAGUUGCUGUUUCUCUGAAGCGCGAGCGUUCGCCAGCACCACCUGGCUCAGAGCAGGCAGAGAAUCCAGCCCAGCGCAUUCAGCCGCCACACACGCCGCCCAAGUCAGUCUCGCCGCAAUCCUCGCAGCCCUCCUGCUCGCCCACCUUGCUGGUCAGCAGUCCGCAUAAUACACCGCCUCAGCAGCAGCAGCAGCAGCAACAGCAGCCGCCCAGCUACCCGAAGCCACCUGUAAUGCAUCCAGCUGGCGGCCCUGGGCCCAACCCACUCAUGAUGCCAGGCAUGCCGCCCGCCGGCUUGGUUCGACCCUUUCCGAUGGGCCCAGGUGGUCCAGCGCCGCCGCAAGGACAACCGGGCAUGCCGGACAUCAAGGCGCUGCCGCCAUACAUCAACACGCCGCCGGAGCUGGCACCACAGCACAAUCCGCAUCUGAUUGCCGCCGCCCAGUUCCAGAUGGCCGCAGCUCUGCAAGCCGGCCAUGUGCUGGGUCCAGCGGCCGCCGCCGCCGCAGCGGCUGGCCUGCCCCCACACGCCGCCGCCUCCUUCAUGGGCAGCCCGGGCAUGCCGCGCGACAGCUACCCACUCUACCCGUGGCUGCUCAGUCGCCACGGACGCAUCUUUCCGCAUCGCUUUCCAGGAAAUUUCCUCUUGCAACCUUUUCGCAAGCCGAAACGCAUUCGCACCGCCUUCUCGCCGUCGCAGCUGCUGAAGCUGGAGCACGCCUUCGAGAGCAAUCAGUAUGUGGUCGGCGCGGAGCGAAAGGCGCUCGCACAAUCGCUCAAUCUCUCGGAGACGCAGGUGAAAGUGUGGUUCCAGAAUCGCCGUACCAAGCACAAACGCAUGCAGCAGGAGGACGAGAAGGGCGGCGGCUCUGGCUCCGAGCGUAACAUGCACAACGGCAGCGGCGACGAGGACGACGACGAGCUCAUCGACAUGGAAAUGGACGACUGUGCCAGCGAUGAUGAGCAUGAUCUAGAUGCGAGUCAUUAGGCUGACCAGCCCCACCCCCCAGCUGCCCUGCCCUGCGUAUGUGAGUUCCUUACUAAAGAAGCGCCCAAAUUUGCUGAGCGUUGUGCGUGUGUGUGUGUGUGUGUGCCUGUGCGCGUGUGUAUAUGCGUGAGAGCUCUUAAAAUUAAUUAUUUGUGAUAUAUUCUUAAAGUGACAAGCGCUAGGCUUAGUGUAUAUAGAAGCGACUCUCAUCUAUCCAAUGACAGAAAUAGAAACAACACUUCCUACAAAAGUAUUAAGUACGAGACGGUAUGUGUCCACUGGCCACGCCCCCAAAUACAGUGCCAAAUCAUAGGCGGGCGGGCAGGUGAGUUGCGCCCUUCUCCCUUCGAAUUGAGUUGAGCUCACAAUUGGAAAACAGCAAGCGAGAGAGAGAGAGAGAGAGAGAGCGAGAGAGCGGGAGAGAGAGAGAAACAAUUGUACAAAUUUUAAUUGUUUAAGCGUGUAAAUAUUAUAAAGAAAGUGAGAAUAAAUAAAUUUAAUUAGCGAAUUUCUUGCACAUUUGAACUCGUCGGUACUUUGUAAUUCCUGUACAUCAAUUACGCAUUUAUUUAUAACUAGUUUUAUGUUAAUUAUUGUAUUUAACUGAAUGCCAUAACGGUCAUUCGUUUAUGCUAAUAAAUUGCUAUCAAGUACAUUUA